GCGGUGCGAUUUGCGGCAUUCAACCUCCACGGGGCUUGUUGAAACAAUCUUGGUCAGAAAUCUUCAAUUUGGCUCUUUAAUGACGAUAAAUCUUCAAUUUGGCUCUUUACUGACGAUAAAUCUUCAAAUUGACUCUUUACUGACGAUAAAUAAUUGAAGAACUUUAGGAGAAAAGAACAAUAAAGAGUCAGACACUGAACUUAAAGGCAAACUUGGUUGAGGACUUCAAGCAUGCCAAAGAUGGAAGAGAAAGUGUCUUCAAAGAAGCACAACCAUUGGGUGAAUCCAUCAUUCAGCGACUUGCUGGGGGACAACUUGCCUACUUGUGGAAAGAAACGUUCUUGCCAGGCUUUGGCUUCCAGAAGUGAGAAGAAGAAGCCCCAGAAGAGGAAAGGAGAACCGGACUCUGGCUGCCAGGACCAAGAUGAACCCUGGGUGCAAAGAUACGCAGCACGCUCAAAGGCGGAGCUUGCAGUGCACAAGAAGAAGGUCCAGGAAGUGGAACAUUGGCUCAGAUUGCAUUCAAAAACAUCACAGGGUGGACUAUUACUCCUGACUGGACCCUCAGGCUGUGGAAAGACUGCUACAGUCCAGGUUUUAUGUGCCGAGCUGGGCCUAAGGAUCCAGGAGUGGACCAACCCCACUAGCGAGGACUCACACAGUCAACACGGACUGCUCUAUUCCCCUCUAGACUGGAACAUGAACAGUAGUUCCCAGUCAGCACAAUUCCAAGAGUUUCUCCUGAGGGCCAACAAGUACACGUGCCUGAAGAUGGUGGGGGAUGUCAGACCUCCUGGCAUGAAGGUCAUCUUAGUUGAGGAAUUCCCAAACCACUUUUACCGGCAGCCUGGCAGUCUACAUGAUGUUCUCAGGACCUUUGUGAAGAGCAGUGGCUGUCCUGUGGUCUUCAUCGUGUCCGACAGUCUGAGUGGAGACAGCAGCUCCAGACUCCUGUUUCCAAGAGAGCUGCUGGAGGAGCUGCACAUCACUUGCAUCAGUUUUAAUCCAGUGGCUCCAACCUCCAUGAUGAAGGUCCUGACUCACAUUGCAACACUCCAGAAGACUAGCAGACUGGAUCAGGCGGUGCUGGAGCAGUUGUGUUCAGGAAGUUCAGGAGAUGUUCGCAGUGCCAUCAACAGUCUGCAGUUCUCCUCCAUCUCAGACGGGGGACUGCAGAGGGACAGACCGCUAACCUCGCAGAAGAAGGUGUCUUUCAAAUCAGGCCAGAAGAAGAAGUUCAGGUCAUCCCAGGUGAAGGAGGAAGAACAAAGUGUUGGCAUGAAGGAUGCUUGUCUCUUCCUGUUCCGAGCUCUGGGAAAGAUCCUGCACUGCAAACGGGCAAGUCCUGAAUGUGCUGAGCGUGCAUCUUUACCCGCACACCUUUGUCACCACCACAGAGAACCUUUACAGCUGGACCCUGAGUUGGUCGUAGAACGUUCUCAUGUGUCCGGAGACUUCUUCAACCUUUACCUGCACCAGAACUACCUGGACUUCUUCUCCAACAUUGAAGAUGUGGAUCGAGCCAGCGAGUAUUUGUCUGAUGCAGACCUGCUCACAUCUGACUGGACGAGUCGGAGUGUCUUGGAGGCGUAUGCGUCCUCAGUGGCCACUAGGGGACUUCUCCACUCCAACUGUCAACAAGCAGCAGUUGGCUUCAGACCUCUGCACAAACCUCAUUGGCUGCUGGUCAGCAAGAUGCAUCGUGAGAAGUGCCUGCUGGCUCAGUGCUUGUUCAGCAGCAUGUGUGUGACACCUGUCAGCCUUCACACUCACCUGCUGCCUUACCUGGCCAAGCUCACCAACCCUCUGAGGAGCCAAGACUUUGUCCUGAUGAUGCAAGAACUCCAUGAGGCGGUCAGCCUGGACGACGACAUGAAUGAUGGAGACCUGGGUGACGGGACCACCUUUCUGGGGGACGGGACCACCUUUCUGGGUGACGGGACCACCUUUCUGGGUGGUGGGACCACCUUCCUGGGUGGUGGGACCACCUUCCUGGGUGGUGGGACCACCUUCCUGGGUGGUGGGACCACCUUCCUGUCCAGCAGAAGGAAGAAGCAGCCCUCAGGAGAAACAUCUUGUCUUCCCAAAGUCAUGAUACCUGCAGGCUGGGAGAAGAAAGUUCCAGCAGAGUCCAUGAUGGACAUGUCCAACCAGGAGUUGCAAGACCGACUCCAAGCAUCUGGCCAGAUGAUUGAUGCAUUAAUCAGCGAGCUGGAUGUUGCACGUCGUUACCUGAAAGGAAAAUUUGCAGCUCUGAAGAUCCUGCAGGGAAAGGCCAUCCUCGACAGAGCAACAAGUCACACUCAAAGCUUGCUGCACAAAAGUGAGGAGAGGGCCAAAGCACUGGAGACGGAAGUGAACAGCUUGCAGUGGGAGUUGAGUUUCAAGCAGUUGCAGAUGAAGAAGAAUGAGCAGUCGUGGGAGCAGAAAUACUGCAUAAUGCUGAGCGAGAAGAAGACACUGGCAGACAAACUGGAGGAGAGAGACAGAGAAGUUGAGAGGCUGCAAGUGGAAAACUCGGUGUUGAGGCUGCAUGAGUGCUCGGAGAUUGUUUCCAUGCUGAAGGUGACGGAACAGAACACUCACCUAAGAAACAAAGAUCAGUUUUGGCCUGAGAGGAACGUCAGUCUUCUGGAGCCUGCUGUGCAGAGAGAAGCCUGCAGGUGUCACUGUUGUACUGAACCCUGCCCGUGCAUGCAGGGAAGAACUUGCCAGAAGAAGCUGCUCCAACUUCAGCAGGAGCUGGAGGCUGAGCGUUGGAGGAGAGAAGAAGCAUCGAUGGUUUCUGAUGCUUUUCGUAUCGCUUUUGAGCAACAAAUGAAGAACCGCAGUGACAACUUGAUGAUGUUCACUCAAAAUAACUUCCUGAAAAGUUCUUCAGGGGGUGUCAGUGAGAACCUGAGACACUUUCUUCCGUCCCACAAGGAAGCCAAGAUGUCUGCUGCUCUUCCAGACGCUCUUUAUGAACUUCUGGACUUGCUGAGCGACAAGGAAGAGGCUUUGGCCCACCAGAGGAAGGUGAGCACCAUGUUGGCCCACCAGUUGGAGAAGAUGCACCAAGUCAAGAAGCCAUCAGAAGAAGACCACAGCAAACAUGGCCUCCUUUCAUAAAACCAUCACAUGUUCCUUCCAACAAGUUCAGUCCUGACUUGAUGUGGUGUGACAUCCCAGAUCUGGAGGUCUCACGGUAUUGAUUAUUGGCUCCAGCCAUGGGACCACUCACUCAAAAGGAUCUUUCAGGGGCCUCCGCUUUUAAAAACCUGGCUGUGUACUAAGUUGAGACGUGGAUCUGCAAAUGUGCGCUAACGCCAACUUCCUGUUUCCUGUUUGCCCAUUUCUACAGGCUGAGGGUGUGGUGGUUGCGGCACAUUGAUGGCAGCAGACUUAGUGUUGCGUGCGGCUGCUGCCACUAGUACCUCUCCUGGGUUGUCAUAAUAAAUUGAGU